CGUCCGGGUUGCAGUAAAGGCGGAACCUUUCUAUGGGCGGAACCUUUUGUUGACGGAACGGGCACGGCUCUGUUUCUGGAGGGGACUUAAACAAAAAUAAACUUUAGUUUUUACAGCCAGUUCUGUAAUAAUUUAAAAGACCUUACAACAUGUCGGUAGAUUCAGCUCGCGAGACUCUUUAUCACCGCGGAGAGGCAGACAUGGUCGCCACGAUCCAGAACACCGACGUGAAGCAGGAAGAUGCACACGGUGCAGUGGUUGUCGCGGUAACGUCUCGUGCACUGUUCGGAGGUGAUGACGAUGACGACGUGUCCGGAGUGGGCGUGGCUUUCCCACUGCUGCAGGCGCUGCAGAGAGUGAACCAACGUCUGCUGGAGAAAGAUCCUGCUGAGUCGCUGCUGUUUGAUGUCGUCCUGAUCACCACCGACAGCCAGCAACAGCAGCAGAGCUCCCGCAUCGUCAGCAGCACCAGACAUCACGGUCUUGAAGUCAGCCGGUUCUGCUUUUCCAGCCAGGAGGAUUUCAUCGAGAGUUUAUUGACAAACAACGUGCAGCUCUUCCUGUCGACGGACAGAAACGAGGCGCUGCAGGCGUCACAGCAAGGUGUUCUCUCGGCGCUGCUGGACCGGCAGGGAGCUCCGUCCGAGCAGCUCAGGGUAAUGCUGUGCGGGGACGCCGUCGUCCGGCCCGACGCUGGCCCGGCGCCGGUGAGCCGACCGGCCGCCGAGAGUUUCUCCUCUCGGCUCGGCGAGAUGCGGCGGCGGUUCGGCGCGUUGGACAGCCCCCUCAGCAUCGUGCUGGUGACGUCCAGCGGCGACAGGGAGAGCUGCGGCGUCGCCCUGCGGACGCUGAGAUCCCGCGGCCUGGGCGUGGACGAGGCGUACUGUCUGGCCGGGGCCCCGCGGAGCCCCAUCCUGUCCCUGCUGCGACCUCACUUCCUGCUCGGCGACGGCGUCAUCGGCCUGGAGGACUGAUGACAUCAUGAAGAGGGGGGGGGGGGUUAUACACUGUCACAUGACCUCGCAUUGUGUCCUUGAAACAAGUUGCAGAAUCCUCAGACUGAACUCCCAAGUUAAACAAACGGGUUUCAGCUCAUCGAGCCUUAAACAGCCAAUCGGUGACACCUGGUGUGAAGCUAAGCCCCGCCCACCACCACAAAUUCCAACCACAGGAUUGGACACUGUCACGCAGCUGUAAACUGGUUCUACAUCUUUAUUGACAAAGGCUUAUAUAUUUUUUUAUUUGAGCUCUCUUAAUUGGACGAUAUAAAUAAACCUGAAUGAAUCACAAACUGUAUUACACUGUAAUUACCUGUGUUAUUACUUUAAGUUUUAGCUCAGCUCAGCAUGUCGAUCUCGAACUCUGUAAGUUGUGAGAGUCCUGAUUUUAAAGAUAUUUUGUUGUAUUAAUGUACAUUAAACAUUAAAAAAUAAAAUCUCGGAACUGGA